GAGGUUUGGGAGCUGGGGCUCGAGCAGUGGGUGUCUGUCAGCGGAGCUGUUCGGCGGCUUGACGUCCCCAGACGCUGUGCGUUGAGCCGGUGCACCCCAGGAAUUAGGUAGCCUGCUUGCCUUGCAUUUCUGCACCGCUCUCCGUCCGUGGACCUCGGUGUCCCCUCCUUGUUUCUCUCGCGGCUUUCCUCCCUUUGGACCGGCACGUGUCCGCAGUGUCGGAGCUCCAGCCUGGGAUGAUGGUGUGCAUUCCUUGCAUUGUCAUUCCAGUCCUGCUCUGGAUCUUCAAAAAGUUCCUGGAGCCAUACAUAUACCCUGUGGUCAGUCGCAUAUGGCCUAAAAAAGCCGUCCAGCAAUCCGGCGAUAAGAAUAUGAGCAAGGUAGACUGCAAGGAUGCAGGUACUAAUGGAUUACCCACAAAAGGACCAACAGAAGUCUCGGAUAAAAAGAAAGACUAGUGUGGGUCUCCUGAAGGCCCUUGGCUGUUUGCAAAUGGACCUAAUGAUAUGAAGCCUUCUUUGUCUCUGACCUUUUUUCUCUGAGACCAGGAAUCUAGAUAAUAGUUUAGCUUCUGCCUGAUACUGAUCCGGGAGCACAUGAUAUUUAUAUUUAAAAUUCCAGUAGUUAUAUUUAAUGAUCUCACCCCUGAGUUUCUUUUUCAUUAAAGUAGCUUUCAUUUCUAUUAUUCCAAUUUACUAAUAUGAACAAAUAGAAGGUCCGUGUGAGCAGACGCUCAGAACAGAGCCCUUGGCCCUUCGAGUUCUUCCUUACGAGUUUGCUGUUCUCACUUCUGUGGGCUCCUCUACCUUGAGUGGGAUGAGUCUUAGUGGGAAACAGUGCCGUCCGAGGUGGGAUGCGAUGAGAAGAUGUGAUCACUGCAGACGCAGCGGCGAGUGGACAGCUGGCCGAGAACAGCUCCAAGGAAGCUGGAAAAGGAAGGCUGGGAGCUUCUUUGAAAAAUGUAACCUCAACAUCAUUGUCAAUCACACAACUUCUGACUCUCUGUGCUUCUAGUCCAACGGUGUAUUAAACGUCCAUUGAACUUGUG